AAGAUAUCCAAUGAUUUUGAGCAAAUAUCACUUCAAAGGAAAGAUCAGAGAUGUAUAACAAUGGCUAAUGAAUUUGAAUCAAUAUUGCUACAAGGAGAAGAUCAGAAUAUUAACUUUAAUAAAGUAGAGUAUCACAAUCAUGUUUUUAAUAAUAUCAUGGAAGCUGAAAAGUUGUCUGUUGAAUCAACAUUGCUACAAGAAGAAGAUCAGACUGUUAACUUUAAUGAAAAUCAUGUUUCUAAUAAUAUCAUAGAAGCUGAAAAGUCAUCUGUUGAAUCAACGUCACUACAAGAAGAAGAUCAGAUUGUUAACUUUAAUGAAGUAGAGCAUCGCAAUCAUGUUUCUAAUAAUAGUAUAGAAUCCGAAAAAUCGCCUGUUGAAUCAUCAUUGCUACAAGGAGAAAAUCAGACUGUUGACUUUAUUAAAGUAGAGCAUUAUAAUCAUGUUUCUAAUAAUAUCAUGGAAACUAAAAAGUCAUCUGAUUUUUUCGAAGCAAUGUUGCUUAAAGAAGACAAUUCAUUUACUGAUUUUGAUAAGGCUGUGGAUCAUGUACGCAGAUUUGUUAAGUACAAGGGUUUCAAAGUGCAUCUUGGACAUGUAAUAGCUAUUAAUAAGGCUGACAAUGAAAAGAUUAUCCGCAAAAGAACAAUUGUUUGUAAGCAUUCAGGUGUAUAUAAACCAAAGAAUCCAGAGAAACCUGGCACUUCAGUUCAACAAAAGUGUCAGUGGCACAUGAAUUUCUUCCGUCCACAAGACAGUCUUGAUGUUAUUGUAACAACACUUAAUAAUAAUCAUAAUCAUGAAUUAUCACCAAAGGCUAUACAGUUUGAGAAAAACAGACAAUUCACUGCAGAAAUGCUACAGGAAGUUGAGUUUCUCGUAACUAAAUGUAAUUUUG